GAGGCUGCAGUGAGCCAAGAUCCUGCCACUGCACAACUCCAGACUGGGCGACAGAGUGAGACUCCAUCCCUCCCCCACCCAAAAAAAGAAAUGUCCCUGGGAAACCAGGAAAAGAGGGAUUUCAAAGCCAGGCAGGCCCAGGUUCCAGGUGCCGGCUGCAUGGCGUGGCCAAUUAUUCAGUCUCUUCUACGGGAAGAACUGGGAUGAGAGGAGCAGUCUCCAAGGGCAGCUGUGGGAAAGAAAAGCAGUGGCAUCUGCAGAGCUCCUGGCACAAUGCUCAGCAUACAGCAGGUGCUUAAUAGAUGACUCCUCCCCACUCCAACCCCAAGGGCCUGGUACGGCCUGACUCAGGAGCGAGGUGGGGCCUGGCAGGUGGCAGUGAAUGGUCUGCCUGCACACUGUCCCCUCCCGCCCAGCCUGGGCCUGUGAACAAGGCCAGGGUGUCAUGCCAUGCUCGGCUCCACACAUGCUGUCAUUACCCAGGGGCUUCUCAGCAUGGAUUUGUGGAAAAUUUAAUAAAAGGAUAUUAAAUACCAGCUCCAGACAGCCUGUGAUGCGUGCAUAUCUUCCGGAGCCUCCGGAUUGGGGCAUCUGCCGCCAGGCGCUUAGAGACCCCCCCACUUGCAUGGGUGAUGGGUCCCCUCUCCUCACUCCCCUCUGUCUCUCUCCUGCCUUUGUUUACACCUCCCUGGAUCCCAGUCCUUUGGAGGCUGGAGUUGUUAAUGUAAUUUCCUGCCAUGUUCCAGAAAGCCUCUGCCGGGAAACCAGCUCUGAGAACAGAGCUUCUGUAGGAGCCUCUGGACCUAAGAGGUUCCCGAUGAGGAUGCCCCUUCAGAAGGGCCUUGGUGGCCGGGCGGAACUGGGCAUAGGGUCUUGGCUACUCCUGGGAUGCCUGGUGGAUAGGACUGGACUUGACCUCUGAUUUCAUGUGGGUUCUGUAAUUCCAACAGGAAGGCCUGUGGAGUAGCUCCUUGGUGGCUCUGAGAGGAUGAUGAGGGCCGUUGUGAGCUCACCACUUCUCAGCACUUGCAUGUCACCCGCUUCUGUGCCUCAUGAUCAUUCAGCCCCACCCCAGAGCCUGGAAACGGGGAGGGAGGGAGGUGCUGCCAGGGACCCCUCCUUUCCCAAAGCCACCUGCUUUUCAACACCUGUCUUUCCUUCCUUCACUCACACACUGCUUCGGAGUUCGAAUGCAUGUCAAGCUCUUGGUUUCUAGGCCCUGCUUCUUGGGACCUAUAAAAGUGUGGAUGAGGGCUUUGCUCUGGGGCAGGAGUCUGCAGAGAGCUGGGCAUGGGGACUGGCCAGUCCCCUAUUAUAGGCUGGGGACCUGUUUGCAGCCUUUGUACCUUGCCAAUCUGCACAUGCAGGCAAGAGGUGGUUUUGAAGUUGCGCGACCUCCAGUGCGUCAACAUAACCUCUGUGCUGUUUUCCUACAAACUAAAGCCCAGAAGCCCUCCCGGCUCCCACUAUGGGGUUGCCCUGAUGGUUUAAGACGAUAACAGAUAUGAAAAUCCUCUGUAAAUGGGAAGGCUUCAUCACUCUUGGAACUUAAGAUUGCUGUAAAGAGGAGGGCAGUGACCUCCAUCAGUAUAUUAAAUUCAUUAGGAAAUAAACCCGGGGAAUGUGUUCCAGUCCUGGGAGAGGAUCCUGCUCACUUUGCACAGAUCCCCUUGGGCCAGGGAUGGGGAAGGCCCUGGAAAGUGAGUUAUGGAGCCUAAGGAGACUUUUCUGUGGUUUCGGCUGAUUCUGUGGAUGCCAGAGCCCAGCAGCUGCCCGGCCCCUCCUCGCUCACAGGAGCAGGCGGCGUUGCAGCAGGAGGGAUUCAAGGGCGGCCGAGAAGGUGGUGACUCAGUUCAGAAAUGGGUGGAGAAGACAAAUCCCAGGAGGUUGGUGUCUCUGCAGCUGAGAGGUCCACCUGGUGUUCCGACCGGGUGGCAGCAUGGGCAGAUGCGACUGUGAGGGCGCACCUGCGAGCCGGCCACACACGCUUGUGCGUGCAGAGGGGGCGUCUGUGUGGAGUGGGGAAUCCCACGUGAUGUGGAGACUCAGACACGACACAGAGCAGUGAACAGAGCAUGGGAUUCAGGGACAGACAGAGCCUCAAACUGGACAGCAUUGCUCUGCAGCGAGGCCUGACCCACAGCAGGUACUCAGGAAGGAAAAAAAGCAAGGUGCACUACCAUGUCGCAGUCAUCAUCAACUACCUGGGCCACUGUAUCUCCCUGGUGGCCCUCCUGGUGGCCUUUGUCCUCUUUCUGCGGCUCAGGAGCAUCCGGUGCCUGCGAAACAUCAUCCACUGGAACCUCAUCUCCGCCUUCAUCCUGCGCAACGCCACCUGGUUUGUGGUCCAGCUAACCAUGAGCCCUGAGGUCCACCAGAGCAACGUGGGCUGGUGCAGGUUGGUGACCGCCGCCUACAACUACUUCCACGUGACCAACUUCUUCUGGAUGUUCGGUGAGGGCUGCUACCUGCACACAGCCAUCGUGCUCACCUACUCCACCGACCGGCUGCGCAAGUGGAUGUUCAUCUGCAUCGGCUGGGGUGUGCCCUUCCCCAUCAUUGUGGCCUGGGCCAUUGGGAAGCUGUACUACGACAAUGAGAAGUGCUGGUUUGGCAAAAGGCCUGGGGUGUACACCGACUACAUCUACCAGGGCCCCAUGAUCCUGGUCCUGCUGAUCAAUUUCAUCUUCCUUUUCAAUAUCGUCCGCAUCCUCAUGACCAAGCUCCGGGCAUCCACCACGUCUGAGACCAUUCAGUACAGGAAGGCUGUGAAAGCCACUCUGGUGCUGCUGCCCCUCCUGGGCAUCACCUACAUGCUGUUCUUCGUCAAUCCCGGGGAGGAUGAGGUCUCCCGGGUCGUCUUCAUCUACUUCAACUCCUUCCUGGAAUCCUUCCAGGGCUUCUUUGUGUCUGUGUUCUACUGUUUCCUUAACAGUGAGGUCCGCUCUGCCAUCCGGAAGAGAUGGCACCGGUGGCAGGACAAGCACUCGAUCCGUGCCCGAGUGGCCCGCGCCAUGUCCAUCCCUACCUCCCCCACCCGUGUCAGCUUUCACAGCAUCAAGCAGUCCACGGCAGUCUGAGCUGGCAGGUCAUGGAGCAGCCCCCAAAGAGCUGUGGCUGGGGGGAUGAUGGCCAGGCUCCCUGACCACCCUGCCUGUGGAGGCGACCUGUUAGGUCUCAUGCCCACUCCCCCAGGAGCAGCUGGCACUGACAGCCUGGGGGGCCACUCUCCCCCUGCAGCUGUGCAGGACUGUAGCUCAUGAGUGGAAAGUCAUCUACAGGACUGGGCCAGUCCCGGGGCCUCUGGCUUCCCUGCCCAGUCCUCCCUGGAGAAGGGACGUGGAAAUGAAUGGAAAUGGGCUGCUAGACAUCCACAGCAGCACGCGCGUCCCUCCAAGGCUGUCUUCUCCCAGAGCACAAGUCCAGCCCACUGGGACCUGGGGCUGCCCUCAGCAACUGUGGGGAGGCCGUUUGGUGCCCUGGGGCAUCAUGGGCAACUUGUGACAGCCUCUGACUCACCACGAUGAUGCCUCUGGACCUUGGUGAUGCCUUCCAACACCACUGGGAACCAAGGGCCCUCGCUCAGGAACCCUGGAGACAGAAGUCAGGUGUCAUCAUCAGACGUGUGGCCACAGCACUAGAGUCACCCCCCAGGCCUCCAGAACCUCAUUGACACUGUGGCACUGCCACCAGCAAUGCCCUGCCUCGCUGCCUUCAUCCUGAACAUUUACUACCCUGCAGGCCAGGCCAGCUGCCCCUCACUUCACCACAGGCAGUACCCUCACCCCACACCAGUCACCUCCUGCCCCUUUUCCUCUUUUGUGAGAAGAGGGGGCUGGAGUGGGCAGAGUGGCCUGUGAGCAAGAGCCAGGGGUAUCCCAGCCCCAGCCUCUGGGGCAGAGCUUGUAGCCCCGGAUGGCCUCUGGGGCAGGACCACUAGCUAAACAAGCCAGGAGAAGGUUCCUGCCCAAGUGGCUCUUGGGACAACAUGCUGCUUACACUCUAGGUGUGGACCAGCUACAGCCCCCACUGACCUGCCCAUGUCCAGAGGGACUGGACAGCCAGAGCAGGGCUUUGGAGGGCACUAGAAGAUGAGGGUAUCGGCUGUGAGGCGGGUGAUUGGUAUAAAUAAUAAUAUUUAUCUUUUCAACCAGCA